AUGCCCCGACGCCUCCUUCCGACUAUGGCGCCUAGUAAGGCACUCCCAGCCAGAAUGAUUAAUCGGCAGUUGUUACCUGUAUACUCGGGAUCAGCAAGUGCAGGUUGCAGGUCUGAGCGGCGAUUUAACCUUUUGACCUAUAAUAUGCUUUCGCCCUAUUAUAUGUGGCCCCAGGUCUAUACGUAUGUUCCCGAGCCGUUCAAGAAGUGGGAAUACCGACACAAGCUGUUGGAGUACGAGUUGUUCCAUAAGUACCAUGCGGAUAUUCUAUGCCUGCAGGAACUGACAGGAAAGGACUAUGAGAAGUUCUGGCGCAAGCAGAUGAAACGACGAAUGAACUUCGAAUCGCAAUAUGCGCAGAAGCCCCCACCAGCUUACUGGAAGCGGUCUCAGGAGGAAAUGGAUGGCGUGGGAACCUUCUACAACGCCGAUAAAUUUGAGCAUGUGGCCACUGAUCUCGAGUAUCUCAGUGACACCUUGGGAGUAUUAACGCCAACUGAAAAGGAAUGGAUGGCGCAGACGCAAGUGGAAGUGACCGACGCCACAGGGCAUGUGGUCGAGAAGCAGAGCCUAAAGACAGUCCUCACUCAGCGCAACCAGGUGUGCUUGUUUGUUACGCUGCUUCACAAGCCAACGGGGUCUCUGUUUGUCGUUGUCAAUACGCAUUUGUACUGGAAGUACGAUGAAGUCAAGCUGGCCCAAUGCUUCAUAAUCAUGCGUCGCCUGAAGGCCAUCGUCAAGCGUCUGCUCACGCGCAAGGACACCUCCUACUCUAACAUAAAAGUGCUACUAAGUGGCGACUUGAACUCCUCCCAGGAUGCUCUUUCAGUCCGUUUUCUGCGGGGACAAGUGGUGAAGGUUGCGGGCCUUGAAUUCCAGAAUCCAAUGCGCUCCUUUUUGAAUGGGAGUCUGUACGACUAUAUCCCUAAGGAUUCUUUCGAUAAUACCUGCUACUCUGGUAAAAUCAAGGGUAUCUUCGACUACGUAUGGUUUCAUGGCCGUGACUUUAGACUGCUUCAAGUUCUUAGCGGAAAAGAGGUAUCAGAGGAAUUAUCAUCAACGGCGCAAACUGGUUUACCCAACGAGCUACAUCCCAGUGAUCAUAUCCCUAUAUACGCUGAGUUUGAAGUACUCUAA